AUGUCGGCUGCAAGACCCAUAACCACCGUCUGUUUCCUAAUCUUGCUGGUGGUAACCGCUGCUCACCCAACCGGUCGCAGACGUUUCAGGCACCACAAAAGGCCACAGAAAACAUUCUCCACUAGUAUAGUUUUCUUUUCUUCUGGCAAGCUCUCGGCUCUCUUACUGGAGCCUUCUUCUUGCUCUUUGAACCUUGAAGGAUCCGUAUGUUAUUUGACUGUAUUGGUUUAGUUGAGUUCAAAGGAAGAUAAGAGUUAUGAAGCUGGAAAGGAAAGCCACUUAGCUAAGUUGGACAGUGAUACAAAGAUUAAAGUUGCAGAUGUAGUCACUCAUAAAACCCUUAAGAACCUCGAUUCGUCCGAAGUGGAAGAUAAAAUUGAAACGAGAGAAGAAAUAACACAAAUGCCACCGUACGACGAGAUAUACAGCCAAUGGUCCGGAUGGUCACGUUGUUCUAGAAAAUGCAAGCAGGAACGUAUUCGCACGUGUAUCUCUCCUCUCCAUUGUGGGGCCAGAAUUCUGAAAGAAGUAAAGCCUUGCAGAGGACGACGAUGCAAGAAAAAUCCCAUCGUAAUUCCAGAAACAGAGGAAAUCCGGCAGACCGAAGAAGGACCCUCCCAGUUUCGAGUUCUGUAUCACCUACAGAGCUACGUGUACUCGGAUUGGUCUGAAUGGUCACCUUGCACACGGUCUUGUAAGACUCGUCGCUACCGCGCCUGCAAGAUGUCGCUAGUGUGCGGAACUAGUGUAAUCCAGGAGGAUGCUCUGUGCUACGUAGAAGGAACACUCUGUGAAAAGUUGUAUCGCAAGACAGAAAGGGAUGACAAGGAGGAACACAUUGAAGCUGAAGAGCUAGGAAGUGGAGAAGAGAAUUUCACAUUAGACAUCCAGAAAUGUGGAGUACCAGAAAGAAGCACCCCAGAUCUGCGCAUCAUUGGAGGUCACGAGACUCAGAAAGGUCGCUGGCCUUGGCAGGUGGCAGUGCUGAACAAAUACCUUGAGCCCUUCUGUGGAGGAACGUUGCUCACGCCUCAGUGGAUAUUAACUGCAGCACACUGUGUUAGGAGACGUUUGUACGUGCGUGCAGGAGAACACGACUUGAUAGACGCGGAGGAUUCCGAACAAGAAGUUCGUGUUGCGGAUUCUUUUGUGCAUCCCAACUAUGACAUCGAAACAGUGAACAACGACAUAGCUUUGCUCAGGCUUCGUCAUCCUUUAAGGAUGGACUCCUAUGUCCAGCCCGUCUGUCUGCCCAGUUCUGAAAGUGAACUUCACGUACAUGCAAUGGCUACUAUUUUAGGCUGGGGUAAAAGACGAAAGGCCGCCAUGUUUGGAACGGAUGUAUUGCACGAGGCACAGAUCCCUAUAGUUAAUACAGAAGAUUGUCGUAAAGUAUAUGAGGACUAUUACAUCAGCGACAACAUGCUUUGUGCAGGAUACGAACGGGGGCGGGUAGACUCGUGCGCAGGCGACAGUGGCGGCCCCUUAUUAUAUGAAGUAAAUGGGAAAUGGGAAAUUUACGGAAUUACUAGUUUCGGCGAGGGGUGUGGAAGGAAGGGAAAGUACGGUAUUUACACUAAUGUAGUGAAGUUUGUGAAAUGGAUAAAAAAAACAAUAAUUCUUAAUACCUGAUAGUGAAAGACUCGAAAAAAGUUUCAUAUAGUUUGUAUAUACAAUAAAUUAUGAUAACUGUGUUGGUGAAAAACGUAUUUUCCGGUUAAUGACACGAAAUAACCUCAGUCAAAAGGCAAUAAAUAUUCAAUCAAGAGCUCAUGUGGAAGAAAGUUUCCUUUGCAAUGCACAAACUGAUCUCUUUCUGCUCAGGAGCAUCGUUUAUUGAUCCAUGUUGAGUCUAUUGUAUAUUAU